GAAAGUUUACAAACUACAAAAUGAAGGUCUUUUGAAGGUAGCCGAGGCAUGAUAUUGAAAUUUGUGUCUCUCUGCCAUAUUCUACAUUACAUUACAUUAUUUCGGUUGUCAAGGGGAAAGCAAUAGUCUGGUUCACCCUGAUUUGACCGAGUCUACGGUUAAUGAAGGCCGUGGAAGGUUGUGAGCAGCUAAUCUCCUUCUCUUGACCUCUUCUCAUCCUUUCAUUCCUAUCCACUUAUUUUAGAAACUACCAAUUCCAUCAUGGAUCAAAGAAAACUUCUAAAUACAAUGUACAAAAAUCCAUUUGGAAGACCAUGGAUGAUCAACAACAGUGCUGCAGCCCCUGCUGGAGGAUCUUCCGGAACCAAAGGAAUAAUUGCAGGUGGCAUCACGGGCGGUAUUGAAAUCUGCAUCACAUAUCCGACUGAAUUUGUUAAAACUCAACUACAGCUUGAUGAAAAAUCCUCAGCUGGAGGUACCAAACAAUACACAGGAAUCGGAGACUGUGUAAAAAAGACUGUGAAAACUAAUGGAUUUUUCGGCUUGUACCGUGGUCUAAGCGUACUGCUGUAUGGAUCGAUUCCCAAAUCUGCCGUCAGGUUUGGCGCUUUUGAAUCGUUCAAAAACCAAGCGGUCGAUGAGAAAGGAAACCUUUCUCCGCAAAUGAGAGUGCUUUGUGGUCUUGGAGCCGGUGUGUGUGAGGCCAUUUUCGCCGUCACCCCCAUGGAGACUGUCAAGGUCAAGUUCAUCAACGAUACCCGCUCGGCUAAUCCCCGCUUCAAGGGCUUCUUCCAUGGAGUCAGCUGUAUCGUUAAGGAGCAAGGACUGAAGGGCGUCUACCAAGGGCUGACGGCGACGAUUCUGAAGCAGGGCAGUAACCAGGCGAUCCGGUUCUUCGUGAUGGAGACUUGCAAGGACUACUACCGCGGAGGCGACCCCACCAAGCCAGUGCCCAAGCUGGUUGUGGGUGCGUUUGGAGCCGUGGCCGGAGCGGCUAGUGUGUUUGGCAACACGCCCAUCGAUGUUGUCAAAACCCGCAUGCAGGGUCUCGAGGCAGCCAAGUACUCCAGUACCUACGAUUGCUUCGUCAAGAUCUGGAAGAACGAGGGACCAACUGCGUUCUACAAGGGGACCGUUCCGAGAUUGAGCAGAGUAUGCCUUGAUGUUGCCAUAACUUUCAUGAUCUAUGAUUCAUUCAUGGAGCUCUUCAACAAGGUUUGGCCUUGAAUGGUCCACAACCACAAGUUUUCGCACUUUAUGGAGAUUCUUUAUUUUUAAGAUUUAUAUUUUUCAAACAAAGGUUUCUAUCAGGCUAUUAUAUUUUAUGAAGUAACAUAUCAUGACACAAAUUUUAUGUACCGGCAUCAAAUUGACUGGAUUUGUUGCGGAUCAUUCUAUAGCAUUCCAAUUUGUGAUUUUUUUAUAUUGUGGACAUUUAGUUGAGUUCUUCUUAGACACUUUAUUUGUUUGUAUAAAAUCUCAUUUGAUGCAAUUAUUGGAAAAUCCAAUUCCACAUUCCAUUUGAUUUCUUUGAGAGAAACAAUUUUCUACUCAUCCAGGAAGUAGUAUUAGCAAUUCAAUUAAUUUGCUACCAAGUGAACAGGUUUUGUACUUAAAUUUAUAAAAAUUCAUCACUACUCUCAAAUAAUAAGGAUUUGAGGGCUCAUGUAUGUAUGUAUAGAUGAUAUAUUUUGCUUCAAUUCGAAUUGUUGCAACUUUUGUAAUCAAAAGAACUCUAUUCAUGAUAAUCUAAUGCAGUAUCAUGAAGACUGAAGUUACCCGCUUAACGUCCAAAUGACAUAUUUUUCAUUUUAAAAAUGAAACAUUCAUUUUCUUGAACUCGGUUAUUAAUUUUCCUCUAACGGGUAAUCUAAUUCUUGGGUAAUUAUAUAGACAGAUGCAGCAGGUAUUUUUCACAAAACAUCAAAAAAGUCUUCUCAGUCAACUGUCCAACACUUGAACCUCCAAUGCAAAACGCAAACCCAUCCUAUCCAAACCUUCAUGCGCGCAAAACCCUAACCAAACCUUUCUAAUGUGUGGGGACACACAGUACCGCUGCCGCCUUCAAGAAAUAUUGGAGAAUUUAGAGUUAAGAUUUCUUGAAAAAAAAGACCCCACCCUGGCUGAAGCGUGGAAAACACAAGGUUUCGCUUUCUGGCUGCUGUUUCUGGUCCUCACUCUCCUGCCACAACGAAAUAAAGUUUUUUUUUGGCAAAAUUGCAUACUUCCCAAUACCAUUUACACUAAGUAGAACUCUUGAAAAUCUUGUGUCUUAUCAUUAAAUCAACAACAUCUUCUUCACUCAUCCUUGCACUUUCUAAAUAUUUCAAACUACAUCCGUCACAUUUCAUUUCCAACUGUUUUUAUUUCACCAGUUUUGUGAAUAAAAUUGUAUUUCAAACUGACUUUUUUGAUUAAAAUGAAAGAUAUGACUUCUUUUUCUCCAAAAAAGCAAUCAUGUUACACACAGUAGGUCUUUUCUGCUGUUAUGAUCUAAAUAUUCAAAUUUAUAAUAUUUUUUCUCAUUUUGAUCCAAGUAACCACAUAUAAUUGACUAAACAGAAUAUUGAUUACAUGAGAAAUCUUUCUUCGAAACAAACAUAAACAUAACCUUAAUGAGUGAAAAAAAUGUUAUUUUACUAUUUAUAAUAAUAUAUUUAAUAUUCGGGAUAAAUAUUGUUGAUCCUAGUCAGACACAAUACCAUUAGAUAAUCAAAUCCUAGAGUUUUAUAAGGAAGAGAGUGAGUAUUUUUUUUAAAUACCUGCUUCGUCCGUUCUAUAUAAUUAUCAAAUUUUGUUAACGAAAUAAAUGUAAUUUCUUAGUUUUAGGGUUAGUUUUUGUCGAAUGAUAUCUUUGAAAGAUCAAAAUCAAUCAAAUGCCAUGUUGAGAGAAUAAUGGGCCAAUUAGUCAAAUUUGUUACUUAUGCCGAGAGAAAAAUCGCUUAUGACGUUCUGUAGUUUAUUCUUUGUUAUUUUUCAAUAAUUUUUGUUAUUUUUAUUCCUAGACGCAUUUCUUUUUUGCAUAGUUAAAUCUCCUGAAGUGUAAGUUCUCAUUAUUUCUUUCUUUCAUGUUAUCCAUGCGUUGUGUUCAUUCAAAUACAUCUCUACUGUUGAUUAUUAUAAAUAAUUAUAAUGGCAUUAGUAAUGCCAUCUGUUAUCAAGUUUCAGUAACUUUGUUUUUCAUUUUUUCAACACAAUUAGUUUAAAGUCAAUAGACAUUCUGAAAAUUUGAUUCUUAUUAAUUUGCAUUGCCAUACACCAUUCAAAAUAAUGUUUUUGCACCCAGUAACAGUGUGCAACCUCAAACUAUAAAUUAAAAUUCUCAUUUGUUCUAUUAUCUAUUUAUAAAAUUGUUACACAGAAGUUUCCAUAUUAAGGAUGUGCAAAGGGCUAAAAAUAAAAUUUUACUAGUGAAGUUUUUCGAUUUGUAUACUUUGAAGCUAUCAAAAUAUAAUAGUUUUCUCAGGAAAACAAUUCUUUUCCCAUCAUUACUUUUUGAGAUAUUAAGUCUAAAGUUAAAAGUUUUGGGAUUGAUCAAUUCAAAUUCUGUAAGAGACACAUUCAUGAAAUUUUGAGAAUAAAUUCCCCAUGUAUUGCUGAUUGAAUAAAACAAAAAUUUCCUGAAAAUAGCAAUUCUAGAUAAAGUUAUUCCAUUUUUAAAAAAAUCACCAGAAAUAACGUUUAGUUGAGUUAUUUUUGUUCAUUUUCAUUUUAUUCAAUCAACAAUACCAUGAAGAAUGAUUUAUACUCCACAUUUCGUGAAUUUAUCUCCUACUGAAUUUGAAAUAUGUCCCAAAAAUUUAAACCUUAGACGCUAAUAUCUCAAAAAGUAAUGAUGAUAAAAAACAUUUUUCCUGAGAAUUUUUUCUUAAUUCGACAGUUUGAUAAUAUACAAAUCGAAAAACUUUGAAAAUAUCACCAGUAAAAAGUUUUUUCAGACUUUUGCUCAGCCUUGAAGAUGACUGUAUGUUCCUAUAUGCUUCAUGAUGAGUUAUGUAACUUUAUUCAUCGACCAUUCCAAACAGUACUGAUUAUGGACAAGAUAAUUGCCAGUAUGUAUUUUCAAAAACUUUGAUACUAUCUUUAUAUUUUAUAGACAGCCAGAGUCUUUUUCAACGCCAAGUUGUAUUAAAUCGGUGGCAUUGUCAUUACUUCCAAUUAAUAGAAUCUGACUUUAUAUUUUGAACUAAAUGAAAAAAUGGUUUUGAUAACUUAUAAAUAUAAGACUUUGGAAAAGGAAGGGUGAUUGGUUACUGAUAUCGAGUUAGGUGCUUCUUUGUAAUAUAAGAGAUGAUUAUAAAGUGUUUACAAAUAAAAGAUUGUCUAUAAA